AUGCACUCCGUCAACGACAUCCCCACCCUAAAAUCCUACAUAGCAUUCUUCUCCCUCCUCUGGCUCACCUGGUAUCAAGUCUCCCUCUACGAUGCCCGCUUCAGCACCAACAGUCUCAUCGAGAGAAUUUUCAAAGCUCUUCAACUCGGCGCAAUGAUGGGUUUCGCUGCUUGCGGUCCACAGUUCAAUAACAACGAGAUCAAGGACGAAUACGGCGACCUCAUCGGUGGAGAUCCGUAUCGAGGCGUUAGCCUCGUACUCAUGGCGACACGACUCAUCCUCGUCUGUCAAUAUCUCAUGACGAUUGUCUUCUUACGGAAGGAGAAAGCCAGUAGGAUCCCGCUCGCAACGCUUUCUGCGAUCUACGGCUUCACUGCGAUCGUGUAUUUCGGACUUUUCUGGAGUUUCAAGCUGGAUUCCAAAGUCGUGGGGAAUUAUUCUUGGGUGGGUUUUUAUGUUCUCGGGGCGUUUGAAACGAUUUUGGUGACGAUGUUGAGUUCGCUUUGGCCGGUGCUUGGUCCGAAAAGUGGACAGGUGAUGCAGAGGAUGGGGUUGCUUACGCUUAUUGUGCUUGGGGAGGGGGUGAUUGGCAUCGCGCGGCAAUGCGGGCUUAUCCUGAGAGCGUCAACUUUCUCCUUUGAAGGCUCCGUCGUGGGCUCCGUUGCUUCUGCAGUCUUGAUUAUUUACUGUGCGUACCUGAUCUACUUUGAUUGGACUAAAGAGCACUUUGUCGGGACCGCGAAGCAACAGGUCUGGCUGCUGCUACAUUUCCCACUACACCUCCUUCUGGCGCUCGCUGUCGAAGGUGUCAGCUGGUGCAUCACAUGGCGAGCCGCUGAGGUCAAGGUCAAGUGGCUCUAC